AUGGCGUCUGUGCUGCCUCUCCAGUUCCUGCUGGUGCUCUGUGUGGCACUGCAGCUGUUGUCUGGGAGUCUCAAGGAGCGCUUUCUGAAAUACAUCUUGGAGCCUCCACCCUGCAGAUCAGAACCUGAGAACUGUUCCAAAUUCUGCACGGUCCAGGAGGAUUGCAAGGCCCAAGGACUUAGCUGCUGUUCUGCCUUCUGUGGGACGAUCUGUUCACUAAAUAGACCUCCGGAACCCUCAGAGUAA